AGAUCAUUGUGGAAUCUGCAUCAGUCCGCGACGAUUGCUUGUUCCGUUUGCACGGUUUCUUUUAUUGGAGACAGUCAAUUUAUUCGUUUAUAUAAUGACAAUUAAUAAAAAAACAAAUUCAUCUGUUGAACUUGGUCAAUACAAUGGUGUUACCAAAGAUAUUAACGGAUCAGAAUCUUCAAAUGAUAUUCGAAAUUCUAAUAAAGUUAAACCAUAUUUACGAGAAGAAACUAUGAGAAAAAUAAAAUCGAUCGCUGGACACGUUGGACUUUUAAUUACAUUAAUGCUUUAUACGGCAGCCGGUGGUAUGGUAUUUCGACAGAUCGAACUACCGGCGGAAUUAGCAAGAUUAGAAAGAUUACGUACUAAGUUACGUACUCAAAGAUACAGAUUUCUCGAUACGAUUUCUAACAAUACCGAUGUUACCAACUUGAGAACUCUGGUGAAUGUAAAAUUACGAGAAUACGAGGAGGCAAUUCAAGAAACUGCCGAAGCUGGUAUGUUGGUCAGUUUUGUUACGGAAGCUAUCGAACAGGAUGAUCGAGGAUUGAUUGAGUUACCACCGAUUUCUACCGAUCGCUGGAGCGUCCUUCAAGCUGUAUUUUUUGCGAGCACGGUUCUCACAACGAUCGGAUACGGUAAUGUAGUACCAUCAACGAAUUAUGGAAGAAUCUUUUGCAUACUCUUCGCCAUCAUAGGAAUUCCUUUAACUUUGACGGUAAUCGCUGAUUGGGGCAAACUUUUCGCCGAGGCUGUCGUCCAGUUAACCGUAAUAGCAAAAUCGAGAUUAUCAUUUAUAACAGCUACACCAUGCUUCACCAUGAAUCUAGCCGGAAGGAGAUCAGUUGGCGCAGUCGCAGCGGUCGCAUUACUUUUCGUAUAUUUGGCGUGCGGUGCAGGUAUGUUCAUGCUUUGGGAAGACGAUUGGGGCUUUUUCGAAGGAUUUUAUUUUUGUUUCGUGACGAUGACAACCAUAGGAUUUGGCGAUCUUGUUCCAAAGAAGCCAAAGUAUACGUUACUGUGUACCUUAUACAUCCUGGUGGGCUUAGCAUUGACCAGUACAAUCAUAGAACUGGUAAGAAGACAGUACGCUCAAUCUUGGAGAAGAUUGCAAGCAUUGAGCGGACCAUUGGCAGAAACUAUACGGAAAUUGGGUGAGCAUGCUGGCGGUGAUAUGUCUGCUCUUCAUUCUGAUCUCAGAAAAGUAUUAACGGUGGUCUCAAUGCCACGAUUAAAAUGGUCACAAUCGGAUCGAUCUGAUUCCAAAGAAAAAGAAUGGGAAGAAGCUGUUGAAGCUGUAUUACGAGAUAUCGCAGCAUCCGCGACGGCAACACCUCCGAAAAAACCGAUCGUACAAAUCGUCGUUUACGAAUCGAGCGUUUAAAUAAUCUUGAAAAAUUUCGAUCUAAUUCUUUGCAAAUAUAAAUUCGAUAUUUUAGAAAGAACAAAUUUAUGUAGAUCGACGAUUCUAUAUUAUAAAUAGUAACAAGUAGAAAAUUAAUAAAAAAAAAAAGAGAAGUGAAAAAAUAAAUAAAUAUAUAUAUAUAUAUAUAUAUAUAUAUAUUAGGUGGAUCGGAAAGUAAUGUCGCUUUCUUAAAUUAAAUUCAAACGAAUAAAUUUUUAACAAGUUAUUAUUUUUAAUCACAAUCUAAUAUCGACAUGCGUAGAAACAACAUUACUUUCCGGUCCAUCUAAUAUAUAUCGUUACGAUCGACAUAAAUAUAGUUACGAGAAGAGAAAAUAUAACAAACCUAUUUGAAUUUCCCGCGUUAAGUUAGAGCUUACAAUUUUCAAUACGACGUCAUGAGAGACAUAGAAAUAAAGCGUGGAAUCGAACAAGGCAAAAAAAAAAAAGAAAAGAACAAAAACAAAAUAAAGAUUAAAUUUACGAUCAACGAUUCUCUACGUUAAAUAGAAAUUAUUCGGAAAUUACGGGGGGCAUAAAAAAUUAAAAUGAAUAAAUAAACAGAUGAAUAAAAUAUGCGUAAAGUUACGUAGAUACGAAUCGCAAAAUUGAAUUUGAAUUUCCCGCGCUGCGGCGAGUUUCCAAUUCUCGCUUGACGUCACCAGAAAGAGUAAGAGAGAGAGAGAGUGAGAGAGAGAGAGAGAGAGAGAGAAAGAGAGAGGGGGAUAGAAAGAAAAGAAAGCGUUGAGUGAGAAAGAGUGGGGGAAUAAUGAGUCGUAGCUUCGAUCGACGUCGCGAGAGGUUUGGUUUUUGUUAAUAAAGCAGAAUUUCUUCAGGGUCGUUCCUUCUAUAUUUAGAGACAGAAAAGGGACGAAAAGAGGAAAGAGUAAUAGAGAUACAUAAGAGAGGAAGAAAGAGAGUGAGAGAGAGAGAGAGAGAGAGAAAGAGAGAAAGAGAGAGAAGGGAGGGAAAGAGAAAGAUAAAAGGAGACAGACAAAUAAAGGGAAAAAGAAAGAAGAAAACAAUUUCGGCGGGACACAAUAUUCUAAGUAUUUCGUUGUGAACUCCGCCGACUUCCGUCGCAAAUUGUGGAAAUAAAAGA